AACUUCGCAUGUUAUUGAUAUUUUCUAGGAUUUUCAAUCAUUCAACAUUAGUCACAUAAAUAUAUGAUAUUAUUUGGAAAUUUAACAACUGAAUUAGGAAGGUUUAACACUUAUAUGUGUAUAAUUUAAACAACUUACAACACUGUUAAUAUUUUAAAUAAUAAGCUGCGCUUCGCUUUCGGAAACGCAAAAUGAACAGAAAAAGAAAUGUAAGCUACAUCAAACCAGAAGACCCUCAUUUCCUUAAAAUGCUAAAAAAGGAAGCAGGAUAUGACGAUACAAAUCAUAAGUUUGAUAAAUUGGAAAAUAGGGAUGAGGAUUUUGUUGAUGACGAAGAAAGUGAGAAACCUCAGGUUGUUGUUUUGAAAGAUGGAGAUCUUACUGCAGAGGAGGCAGAAGUUGAGACACAAAGAUUAGAGAAAGAAAAAAAUGAAACUAAAGCUGAUCUAAGCCAAAAGGUUAUUUUUCAAGCUAAAUUGAAACCCACAAUGUUACCUGACAGUAAGUGUCAAAAGAGAAAAAACAGAGUGAGACAAAAACCUAGUAGCCAACUUUUGUCAUUUGCAGACGAAGAUGUGGGCGAAUGAAUAUAUCUAAUGUAAAAAAGAUAAAGAAAUACAUUCUUGGUGUAUCUCAAUUUUUUCAAGAGGAAACUUGCACUUAUUGCAGCUAAAUAUGUAAUCAAUUUUGAAUUCUAAUUAUAUCACCAUAGCCAUAAUUACCAAUAUCAGUGU